AUGUCCUUCGCCAGCCUUCCCCCCGAGAUCCGCUUCCAAAUCUGGAGCUUGGCCGUGACGCCUCGCCACAUCACAAAGGUGCGCGCGAAGGAGAGCGAUGGCAAGCUCCUCUACGAGACCACGUCAACGCCGCCCCCGGCACUCAUGCAUGUGUGCCGCGAGUCUCGUCAGCAAGCGCCCUACCGGCGCGCAUUCACAGCGGGCACCGAGCCUCGCUGGACGUGGGUCAACUUUGAGCUCGACACUUUCUGCGUCUCGAGCCUCUACGCCAUUCACGACAUUGUCUCCCACCGAUCUGAGGUCCAGCGGCUUCAGAUCCGGACUGACGACCACCUUGAUUGGUACGAGUCGGUUACCAGGUAUGAUGGACUGUCCAUUCUCUACGAAAUGGAGAGCCUCAGGGAGAUGCAAGUUGUGUUGGAGCCUGGCUACUUGACGUGGGGAGAGAUAUUUGCGGAAAGGGGCAUGGGAUGCUGUCCUAAAGAAAAUAUUACGUUUUUCGACGAGGGAUCCGGGCUCGUGCUCACUGGCCCUCAGCUACAGAUGGUGGGUGACUGGCAGCAGGUGUUUUCCUUUGACAGCGAGGGAAACCCGCCCGACCCGGAAAGCCUCUCGGAUGAGAUUGCUUUUGCUCUCGACGAUUCUUGGCAUAUGACUUUGGCACAAAUACAGGAGGUGGAUUGA